AUGACAAAUUCAAAAUUAUAUAAAAAAACUACAGAAGAAAAUGAGACACCCUUUUUUUAUUCAUUUCUUUUUACAAUUUUUCUGACAAUUAUUGCUGCUAUUAUACUUAUACUUAGUUAUAAAAAAGCUAUUAAACUAGUUCCAAACAGGAAAAGAUAUAUACAUAUAUUUAAUCCCAUUUCUGACUUUAAUAGAAUGAAAAUACCAUUGCAACUAUUCCCUGAUAAUAAAAUAAGAAUAAGAUUAAGUGAUGAAGAAGCCAUUAAUUAUGCGUUUGAUGAUAGCGAUAAUGAAAACUCAAUUCUCAUUUAUAAAAAAGAAAAAAUGCAACCAUUAUAAAAUUCUCAAAAGCAUUGAUGUUCAUAAAACAAUUUUAACAAAUUCAAUAAUCUUAAAUAAAAGAAAAAAAUGCAAAAAAAUCCUGUACAAAUA